ACCGCAGUUGCUGUUCGAGGUCCAAGAGCAGGAGGAGGCUCAAGGCCACGAUGGCGCAGGAUGCGUACGAUCAGCUCGGCAUCGACAACAUCUCCUCGGAUGAAGACGAGCUUGAGUUCACGGCAGGCUCUUGGUUUGCUUCCUCCAACAUCGCUGGCUCGAACGGAAAACACAAGCACUGUUCUGCUGAGGAUGACUCUUGCCACAAAGUGCUCCCGAGCCAGGGACUUUGGAUGUGCGAGGAGGAAAGGAAAAUGAUCUACGGUUGUCCGCCGAGGGAGAAGCAGUUGAAAGCUCUGAUCCACUCGCUGUACCUUCUCGGAGACGAGAGUUCGAAGAAAGAUCUGAUCAGCGCGACCGGAGAGGCGCUCAUUCUCUAGACUUCUUGCCUCAUCGACCAUGAAUGACGAGUAGUUUUGUGAUGCUUGUCCCGUAAAAUAUUUAAUUUACAUCGUCU